UUUUGGAGCGAGAUUUUCCGCGCGAAAACAUCGCAAAAGCGGAACUUCAGAAGGCCAGCAUGCAGCAAGCAUCCCCGGAACGAACGCGAAGAUUGUGAGCAAAAAAGACGAGCCAAAAAAUAAAAACAAACAUCGACCCGCCGCACGCUGCUUCACAAAUUUCACGCACGGGACUACGUGCUUAGCCGGUUUAGCCUGUUCAGCAUAAAAUUCCAAAACUAAAGAGUCACUUAGGAAAUCAUAUCAGCAUUACAACUGCAAUUUUUUUUUGUAGUAAAGCAUGUCAUCGGAAAACAGAAUAAUCGACAGUGACGAUGACGACUGCCGACUGCCCGCCGACACAAUGCUGGUCCUACAGCAGUUUCUGCGGGAGAAAGAGUUGCGCGAAAAGGCUGAGGAAGCGGGCGAAUUGGCUGGCUCUAAAGAAUUCGAGGAGAAUUGGCAAUUAAGUCAGUUCUGGUACAACGAGGACACUAAAGUGAAACUGGCUCAGGCGGUUCGUUACUUCAAGGAUGCGUCUGAAGGGAAGGAGCUGCGAGUGGCGCUACUCUCGUCCCCAUCACUCUAUCACCACGUUAAGGAAGUCAUCGAAAAUGUGACCCUAUUCGAGUUCGAUCAACGAUUCGCUUCGAUUGGAGAGGACUUCAAACAUUUCGAUUAUAACCGCGCAACCGAAGAUGGCUACCUAGAAGAGUUUCGGGAAUCGUUCGAUCUCAUAAUUGCCGAUCCUCCGUUCCUGUCGGAAGAAUGCAUCGAAAAAAUGGGCACCGUAGUUCGAAGGAUUGCCAAACCGGAUUGCAGGACGGUACUUUGUUCGGGACGCGCCGUGCAAGAGUGGGCUAAGAAGUUCCUAGGGUUAGAUAUGUGUAAAUUUGAGCCACAGCACGAGAGGAAUUUGGGAAAUGAGUUUGCCUCGUACGCCAAUUUCGACCUGGAUAGUGUGUUAGCAGAAAAGGUGUAGCUUUAUUACCCGGCAGAAAAUGUUACAAAAAUGAAGCUUUCUGUUCGA